AUGAUGGAUUCAAUAGCAAACAAACUCUCUCGGACAAAGUACACCUCCGUAUGGAUAGUCCUCGGACUCCUCCACAACCUCACCAUCUACCUCACCCACCACAAACGCAGCCUUUCAAGAUUCCUUUGCGCAUAUACCCUCCUCUACAUUUUUACACACCGCAGAACUGCCAUCGGCGUCACCCCACGCAAGGAUCUCAAAUCCCCUGGUGGUAGCCUACCUCUCGUCGGAGACAUCGUCAAAAUGACCUUCCAGCCUCGGACCGAAGUCUACCAGUUGAACGAGAAGAUCCAUAAGGAGGUCGGAAGAGUGUUUGCGAUUACGUUGCCGUUUGUGGGGAGGGUUGUGGAUUUUACGGACCCCGCGGUGUUGGAACAUGUGUUGAAGACCAACUUUUGGGCGUAUGAGAAGGGAGAGUUUUUACGACGGACGUUUUUUGAUUUGCUGGGCAAUGGUAUCUUUAGCGCCGAUGGACACUCAUGGAACUGGCAGAGGAAGAUGGCUUCGCAUAUAUUCAACGUCAGCGCAUUCAGACACUACACGAGCGAGGUGUUUGUCAAGGAAUCAUACAUUGUCGCGGACUACCUGGGGAUGAUUGCCGAGGAAGAACGAACAGUUGACAUCCACAAGCUGUUCUACCUUUACACCCUCGACUCCUUCGGCGAGAUAUCGUUCGGACAGUCAUUCGGAUGUUUGGACUCGCCCGAGGAAGGCACUGUCGAAUUCGCCGAAGCCUUCGACCGCCUCAACACCAUCGUCUUCAACCGCGUCUUCACCCCCGGAUGGCAGCUUACAGAGUUCCUUACCUCCCGUGGACGCCAAAUCCGAAAAGACAAACAAACCAUCGCCUCCUUUGCCCUCAAAAUCAUCCGCGACCGACGGAUCCACGGAUACGAUAAACCACAAAAGGAUCUCUUACAGCUAUGCAUGGAUAUGCAAGAUGUAGAGGACGGGAGACGCUUGUCGGAUGAGGUGUUGAAGGAUAUGGUGCUGAAUUUUAUUAUUGCUGAUGGCACAAGGAUAUACAAGGGCGAGUUUGCGAGCUGGAGUUCAUGGACGAUGGGUCGUGAUACAACCAUCUGGGGCCCUGACGCAAGAGAGUAUGACCCAGACCGCUGGAUGACUGGUGAAAAGUUUCCGGCACACAAGUUCCCCGCCUUCCACGCCGGGCCUCGCAAAUGCCUGGGACAACAGUUUGCGACGGUAGAGGCAAUCACGAUUCUGGCAAUCCUUCUACAGAGAUUUACGUUUGAACUGGUCGAUCCUGACACGGAACCUGAAUAUAUCCCAGGACUGACGCUUCCUAUGGCGAAUGGUCUACCCCUACGCGUCCACCAGCGCCCUGUAUAG